UGGUAUUAAAGAAUAAAAAUCAGCUCGUGAAAGUCGAAUGUGAAUCUAAUAUGUUGGAAAUAAAAAAUAAAUUCAAAAUUAUUCGAUUUAGAAUUAAAAAAAGUUGUUUCACCAGAUUUUUAUUGUAAUUUACAAAAAAAUCAAUAUUUUCAUAUUGAGAAAUUUGUCAGAUGAACUUUUUAAAUUUGAUAUAAAAUGAAAAUCUUUUAUAGAAUAUUGAAUAUAUAUUAUUUUAAUUGAUGAAUAAACUUCUAGAGAAUUAUUUUGAAUAGAUUUAAUUCAAGCAGAUAUAUUACAUAAACAUAUUAUAGAAUUUUAUAUAAAUAUUAACAAUUUAUCAAUAGAAUAAGAUUUUACACUUGAUUUAUAUAUUCAUUUUUCUAUAGAAGAAAAACAAUAUUUAAUUCAAGUUAAAACAAUUGUUGAUAAUAUUAUAAAUAAAUCUAUUCAACUUAUUCAUACAAUUAAUAAUAAAGUUCGAGAUCGAAUUAAUAAAAUGAUAUUAGAGAUAAUUAGAUUAUUUUACGCAAAUCAACGUCUACUUUUUCAUCAAACUAAACGAUCAAGAAUUAAUCGAAUUACACAAGAUGCUUUCGAUGAUCGAGUUUCCGUUCCAACUGGAGCAUAG